UCAUGUCAUCCGCCUCUUUUGCCCCAGCUCCGCCCUGCCGCGUGCUGCUACUCUGCUGCACGCUGCCGCUGCCUCCCCAUCAAUGCCGCCCUGCAGCUGCUGCUUUAUCUCACCCUCCCGUGCUCCUCCCCCUCAGCCAACGCCCGCCUCCCCAGCUCAAACCCUCUCUGCCGACCCUGUGCGCUGUCAUGGCGGUGACGGCGGAGGCUGACGCACUCCUUCCAUCCACGCGCGAGCCCAGCCCCCACGACGGCGCCCCACCGCCGGGUUCGGUUCCUGCGCGGCCGGACCUAAAUUUGAACGAACCUGCUGAAGACGGCGAGGGCCACGGCGGGGAUGCCGGUUGCUCGAGAAGCGGCGGUGAAAGCGCCGAUGGAUCUGCGGCGCCUUCUGCACAUGACGGUGCCGCCGCGACGCCACUUCCUGAAAGGGUUGUGGGUGCAGGCAGAGUCCUGCGAAGCAUAGAUCUAAACCAGCGAGCAGGCGACGACGAGGGCGGCGGCGGGGCUGCCGAUCGCUCGAGAAGGGGCGGUAAAAGCGCCGCCCAAGGACGUGCACAUGGCGAUGCCGCCACGACGCCUCUGCCUGAAAGGCUAGCUGAAGGUACGUGUGGAGCAGCGAAAGAAGAAUCUUAUGCAUUCUUGAAGAGUUUGUGGGAUAACCGGAUGCCUAUGGCUGGCCUCGGUUUCCAUCCGACUGAACAGGAGCUGCUCGACCAUCUUCGGGCGAAGCUAAUGGAUGACGGAAUCAAUUCUCAUCCACUCAUUGGCGAGUUUAUAACAACCAUACAGGACGAAGACGGCAUAUGCCACACUCAUCCCGAAAAUCUUCCAGGCGUUACAAAGGACGGCAGCGCAAAGUAUUUCUUCCAUCGCACAUCCAAUGCGUACACGACUGGCAAAAGGAAGAGGCGCCAGAUACAGGGGGAACUGACGUGGCAUCAGACGGGAAAAGGCUGUCCCGUUACCGUCGACGGUCGAGUGAUGGGAUACAAGAAGUUCAUGGUUCUGUACAAUUGGAGGCAACACAGGCGGGAGAGUGACAAAUGGGUGAUGCACCAAUUCCAUAUCGGCGAACGGUGGGAUGAGGAGGGAGAGCUGGUCGUCAGCAAGAUCUUCUGCCACCCCGCAAAAGAAAAAGAAAAAGCAAGAUCUUCUGCCAGACGAAGCACCCGUGAGACGAUGGUAAGGUAUUAGGCGACGGGCGAUUACUUUUCCAUGUAGCAAUACUUAUAAGCUAUCAGGGACAUUAGUUCGCAUUGAGAACUUGUACUGAACGACAGCGCUGUGCUUGCUUCAUGCGAACCACCUUUGCAUAGAUUCCCUCUGAGUUGCGAAGUUUGUAGGAUGUUUAUAUGUUGCCAGAGUUCGUAUAUCUGUAUGUUGCCGCAGU